GCAGCGGUUCCAGCGGUGUGUGUGUGUGUGUGUACUGUCUCCCUCCUGUCUCUGGCCGUGUGUGUCACCAUGCGUCUGGCUGCCGUGCUGCUGCUGCUGGGAGUCUCCCUGGGCCUGUGUGCCGCCCAGCGCGACGACCCCUUCUUCUGGCUGUCGUCCCUGCGUAGCCGUGGUUACCCGGUGGGCUCCCUCCAGGCCGACAACACCGGCGGCGAGUGUCCGGCGGAGUGCGACUGCCCACCGACUUUCCCCGUGGCCAUGUACUGUGACAACCGCGGCGUGAAGACCGUGCCGUUCGUGCCCUCGCGCAUGAAGUACGUGUACCUGCAGCACAACCAGAUCACGACCGUGCCCGACGAGGCCUUCGCCAACGCCACCAACCUGGUGUGGCUGAUGAUGCACGAGAACCACAUCAGCUCCGUGGGCAAGAAGGCUUUCGCCAAGAUGACGAGCCUGGACCGUCUCUACCUGAGCAACAACAACCUGACCAAGGUGCCCGUCAACCUGCCCACCUCCCUCCGCGACCUGCGCCUCAACCACAACAAGAUCGCCAAGGUGCCGCCCAACUCCUUCCAGGGUAUGGACAACCUCACCAUCCUCCUUCUCCACGACAACGCCAUCCAGGAUGUGGGCGUCGCGCUGAAGGGGCUGAGCUCGCUGACGCUCCUGGACAUCAGCACCAACCAGCUGAAGAAGGUUCCGGAGAGCCUCCCCGAGGCCCUGCACCAGCUCUACCUGGAGUCCAACGCCAUCGACUCCAUCCCCACCAACUUCCUGGGCAGCUUCACAGGGCUGCAGUACAUGCGGAUGGCACACAACGAGCUGACGGACAAGGGCAUCCCCCCAAACACCUUCAACGUGAGCGGCCUGGUGGAGCUGGACCUGUCCUUCAACAAGCUGGAGCGCAUCCCGACCGUCAGCACCAGCCUGGAGCAUCUCUACCUGCAGGCCAACCAGAUCAAAGAGUUUUCGUUGGGGAGUUUCUGCAGCGUUGUGGACGUGAUGAACUUUUCCAAGCUGAGGGUGUUGCGUCUGGACGGGAACGAGAUAAGCCUCCAAGACGUCCCGACAGAUUCUGCCCUCUGUCUCCGCAUGGCUGCUGAAGUCGCCUUGUAAUCCCGCUUUUUGCCACUUGAGGGCAGAAAUGCUCCACUAUAGUUUUUUUCUUGCCUGCUUUGUCAAGUAAACUUCCUCUUUUCGGAGUUGGAAGAAUGCCCUGUUUUCACGUCUGAUACUGCAGAGUUGUCUUGUGUCGGUGUAUAUUUCUAUUUUGUCUGAUUUUCAUGAGGUGAAGGUCAUCUCUGAGCGUAUGUUAUUGGCAGAUUGUGUCAACAUAAGACUGUUUGUUUGUUUGUGUGUUUGUGUGUGUGUGUAUAUGUCUAUGUGUAUGCAUGUCUCUUUGUACCUGCUUCAUUGCAUAUGCUAAAUCUGAGGACAUUCCUGUGCCUUAUAUGUCUGUGUAUGGGUACUUGAUGUUUCUGUUUGUUUUGAAUUACUCUCCAUCCUCAUGUCCGGGCCACUGAGUGGGGGUGGGCCAGUAGUUUGACUUUAGUGGGGAUGUGCCAGUACUUUUCUAAAGUGUUUUAGGUUUACUGUAGGUGCAUGCCGCCUGGACUUGAGUGUGAGAGAGCUCUGGAAGAGCGGUUGAACAAUGCUGUGAGUAUUUAUUCCGAGAGGAAUCCACGGAGAGAAGAGGAGUCUGUUCCCGUGUGUGUCUGGGUUUAACGGACCUCUACUCGACGCUCAGUAAACACGUGGUCCUUUACUCUCACUCUCACCGACUGAGAUGCUUGUCUACUCCUGUCACGGGAGUAUUCCCGCCCCCCCGGCAUCUCCGGUACUAACAAACAUGUCUACGACGCCUCUGUCUCUCUCGAAUGAGGUGAAAAGCUUGAAUCCUAGUGGAAUUUUCAUUGUUUUGAUUCUGUCGUUUGAGAAUAUGUACAUUGCAUGCGAUUCAUUAUAAACGACCAUGAAUAGAGAGUUGUACGGGGCUGAGAUAAUAAAAAGAGCUUGUUUUAACACGAAACUUCACAGAGUUCUGUGUUAGUUUAUUUGGUUCCUGAAACCAGGCUGGGGUCAAGACUGUUUUUUGCGCUGAACUUGAUUUACAUGGAAGCCACAUUCUAGAUAAAACAUAUAUCAUCCUACUGAAUCAUUUAAUGCAAGUUUCUACUUCCUUAAGCCAUAGAAUGUAGCAGCUGCAUUUAAAAAAAUGUAAUAUGCUAAUUCCAUUUUAUCCCCGACCAGCUCUCUCUGGAAUAGACCCAUGUUAGAGCCAGCUAAAUGUUUUUUUUCUAGUUUUUAAGCCUCAUUUGAAUGGUGUGGUACCACUCAAAAUGUAUUCACAAUGAGGAA